UUUAAUGAGUUCUUAAUUUAAAAUUUAUAUAAUAACGUCUUUUUACUACCAGUAUCGUCAGUUCCUUGUUUGAGUUGUAUCUUUUUACAAUCGAGUUGUUUCUUUAAACGUAGUUGUUUUAAUGUGUCAUGAUGCCAUUUGAAUACAACAGUUGUAUGAUACCAGCAUGUUUAUCUUUUCCGACUAAACCUUUAAACAUCCUUACCCAAUAUUUUGUGUUUGGGAACAAUGCAAACAAUGCAGUCAACAUGUUUCUGCGUAGUUUCUAUACGAGUGGCGUAAAGUUAGGACGUUUCAGGAUGUUAUCACGUUCGGUAACUAAAAAAGAUUGUGUAAGAGUUUAUUUCACGAUUCUACUCUCAUACGAAGUUUUUUGUGUCCCGAUUAAUAAUGGCUUCACUGUGAAAUUCAAUCGCGUAUCUGCGAAGGAAGACGUCAAAAUGAAAUCUUUCGGUGGUCUGUUCGUGAAGGUACCGCAAGAUGUGACUAAGGAUGAAACUCAAGACCUUCUUUCAGAAGCCAUUGUGCCUCGAAUAACGGAUAUGAGAAUAGGAUGCACGAACCAAAUAGCAAGAUUGUUAUUACCUGUGAGAAUACCUAUGGAGUUAAAUGAUACGAAGACGUCUCAUAAUGCUAGUUUUAACUCACCAAUUAUAGAUAAAACAUUAGAUAAUUAUAAAAUUAUAGUAGCAGUUGCACCCAAGCACAUCAAAAUCGGUAAAGGUGAUGCAAGGGAUUUGUCGGUUUAUAUAAUCUUCCACGAUGACGAAGCCGCGGACAGCAAUUCCAUAAAAAUGCCUUCAAUAUAUUUUGUAAGUAAAGCAGAUGUCGGCAGAGAUUUACAACGGAAGGAAAAGGCCGAUCCCAUUUUCGUUAUAGAUAGUAAUCGAACCGUAACAGGUCUCAAGAGCAAUGAAGUAUCAAAGUUUAUAAAAUUUAGAAAUAAACUUAGGAAUCAUUUUAAAUAUUUGUAAUCAUAUAAAUGUUUUUGUACAAACUGUGUGUAUCAAAACGACCAUAUCCGUAAUCUGUAUUAAAAACAACCGCAUAGGUGUUUGACAGCGGUUCAUCAGAUAUUUUUUCUGGGGAUGUUAUAAUUUUCUUUGACAAAAAUUGCCAGAUUGUUAAUGUGUUUGUGCAUUCAAAAAAGUGUUGAAAUUAUUUAAAACUUAAACUGCAACAAUGAAAACACAUUAAUAGACAUCAUAUAAUGUUACGCCUUCCAAGUUUCAUAACAUCGCAUUGACCUAAUAAGCAAAUGCAGAUAUACAAUGACUGCGGAUUCGAUGAAUAAAAUAUAGAAUAUAGAAUAUUUAUAUAAAUU